AUGAAAUUUCUUCUUUGUUUAGUUAAUCUAAUAUUCCAAUCAGUUUUAUCUCAAGACAUAAAAGAUUUGACAUUCGAACAAUUAGUGCAACUGGGAAAAGAUACUUUGCAAGUACGAAUACACGACGUAAACGCAUCGGACGUAAACUUUUAUUUGUUUACAAGAGAAAAAUCCAAUAUAAAAAUCGAUUAUUCAACAACAGGUGUAUUGGAUUUAUCAAAAAAUGUUAAAUUCGUUGUCCACGGUUUCAUAGAAAACCAUAGCAGGACGUGGUACAAAAAUAUCACGGAGGAGUACCUAAAAUAUGAAGAUUUAAAUGUUAUUCAAGUGGAUUGGGAACGACCUGCGAGGUCUAGUUAUUUUUCUGCCGCUUACAACACCAAAUUUGUUGGAAAUUUUAUAGCUGAUUUCAUUCUAUCCCAAGACAUUCCUUUAUCCAAAACCCACAUAGUGGGUCAUUCUUUGGGAGCACACGUAGCAGGAUUCACCGGUAAAGCAAUAACAAAGGCCACAUCCCAAAAACUACCAAGAAUAACUGGGUUGGAUCCUGCAGGACCUUAUUUUAUUCAGCCUUUCAUUUCGAAAACUGACAGGUUGGACAAAGAUGACGCGAUAAUUGUUGAUGUCAUACACACCGAUGCAGGAUUUUACGGGUAUCCAGAACCUAUUGGUACUUUGGAUAUGUAUUUUAAUGGGGGAACUAGAAGCCAACCUGGAUGCUUAGAUAGUUUCGAUUCAAGUUCUUUAGGUGCUGUAAUCCAAUAUUCAUUUUGUAGUCAUACCAGAAGUUACAAGUACUUCACGGAGUCAAUAAAUUCAGGACUAAUAUCGUGCAAGAAAUGCGAAUCACGUGACUUAUACGAAAGUGGAGAAUGCGACAAAAACAAAGAUUAUGUGGUAACUGCUGAAACAGUCACUGAAAGUAUGGAAGGAACAUGUUUCAGUGUCACUUCUUCAACACCUCCAUAUUUAAUAACAAAAUAAUAAUAAAAAAUUAGGGCUUAA